AUGUCCCUGAAUCAAACGCAAAUCAAGCAGGAGAUCACUCCCCCGGGGCUGAGCAAGAGCAUCCCGAAGCAGAGCCAAGAGCUCACCGACCCCGUCCCGUGCCCGCAGCAGCAUCCCGAGCUCCCGGAUCCAGCCCCGGCGGUGGGAACGUGCCCAGAAAAGGUGGUGCCCUUGCCAAGCCAGGAACCAGGCAAAGGAGAAGCCCCCGUGGCCGUGGUGCCCCAGUGCCCACCCCAGGAGCAGCAGCAGCAGCAGCAGCAGUGCAAGUUACCCCCAUCUCUCCUACCUGAGGCUCUUCCGUGCCCCGAAGAGAAACCGGCCUGCAAAGAGCUGCCCGUGCCCUGCCCUGACCCAUGCCCUCAGGAGAAGCAGGAGAUCAAGGAGAUCCCCGUGCCCUCCCAGUGCCCUCAGGAAAAGCAGGAAAUCAAGGAGAUCCCCACCCCCGUGCCCAUCCCUGUUUCGCGCCCCGACCCCGCCCCGUGUGCCCAAGAAAUGCAGCAGUGCCAGGAGACGCCCGUGCCCCUCCCUGUCCCGCUGCCUGACCCCACCCCGUGUCCCCAGGAGAUCAAAGAGACCCCCGUGCCCACCCCCGACCCCACCCCAUGUCCCCAGGAGAAGCAGGAGAUCAAAGAGACCCCGUGCCCACCCCCGCCCACCCCGUGUCCCCAGGAGAAGCAGGAGAUCAAGGAGCUCCCCGUGCCCACCCCGCGCCCUCAGGAGAAGCAGGAGUGCCAGGACGCCCCGGUGCCAGUGCCAGCUCCCUGCCCCGACCCGGAGCAGUGCUCCCUUCCCGAGAAAUUCCCUCCCGUGGAGCAGCAGCAGGUGAAACAGCCCAACCUGUGGCCUCCCGUGCAGAAGUAA